AUGAUCAAGGAUUAGGCUAACUUAGAAUAACCAAUCUUUGGCCCUUAAAUUACACAAAUCCCUGAUUUAACUUAAUACUAGAAACAGCAUUUGGAAUCAUAAGAAUCUUUGAGAUCGAUAGAAAGUCCUAAUAAUCAACCUAAUCGUUAUUUAGUAAGCAGACGGAGGUUAUAAAGAUUAACAAGAAUAAUCAAUCCAGUCUAGAAUAAUUAACCUAAGUUAGAGUAAAAGAUAAACCAUAAAAUAGAUGAAAAUGUGCAAUUCUCCAGACUAGUAAGAAAAAAUAGACUUAUAUAAAAAUUCAAAUAAAAUUUGCUUUUGAACUCAUAUAUCCUUCCAAAUGCUUUGAAAGACAAAAUUUUAUCCUCAGAAAAGUAUAUUCAACCUCAGAUAUUUCGAUUCUUACAGAAAUAUGACUAAACUAAAUUAUAAUCAGCAAUUCUAUUGCCGUAAAGUCCUUUUUUGUAUUUUUGGGACUUACUCACAUUGCUAGCAAGCUUGUUGGCUUUAUGGAUUUGCCCCUUUCUUCUAAGCUUUUCUUUUGAUGAAUACUCAUUUCCAAAAAUAAUAAUAGGAUUAAUAACUCAUUUGAUAAUUGAUAAUAUUUUGGCCAUAAAUAGAGCCUAUAUAGAUUAAGGGGAAGUGAUAGUGGAUCGAAAACAUAUACUGUAGUAAUACAUCAAUCAUCAAGCCAUUUUUGAAGCAGUCUCUUUGAUACUAUGGAUUGGUAUUUAUCCAAACAUUCUUAAUGAAUUCAACUCAUCCAAAUAAAUACUGUUGAUAAUGUAAAACAUUAUAGUACUCAUUAAAUUAAAGAGAACAAACACAAAAAUGGAGAACAUUUAUUUAAAACAUACUCUAAGUAAUGCUGCUGAUCUAUUGACUCUAAUUUUAUCCAUAUAUUAUUUCGCUCAUUUUAUGGCUUGUCUCUUUCAUUACGUAGGUGUAAUUAGUGAAGCGAAUCAAUUGACUUGGUUAAUUUAAAGAUAAAUUAGACAUGAAUCAGUAUGGAUCAGAUAUAAUACAUCAUUCUAUUGGGCAACAAUGACCCUUACGACUGUAGGGUAUGGAGACAUCACUCCUGAGAACUAAGUAGAAAUGUUAUUUGUUAAUUUAAUGAUGCUGCUUUCAAGUUUUUUAUUCGCUUAUUCAAUGAAUUCAAUAGGAAUUAUUUUGAGGAAUCUCUAUGAACAAAAUAAGAAUUAAAAACGGGCAAUAUUGCAAUUAAAUAAUUAUAUGAACCAUAAUUAAGUAGAUCUCUCAUUACAAUUUAGAAUACGUAAUUACUUAAAACAAAAAAUGACUAACAUUAAUUACGAAUAGAUUGAAUUUAUUAAUAAAACUAUUUCUGAAUUACCUAAAGGCUUAAGAUUUGAGUUGAACCAAAAUAUCUCAGAAUAAGUUAUGAAAUCUAUUAAAAUAUUCUCAGAUCAAUUCUCUAAGAUAACUCAACAGGCAUUGACCUAAAAAAUGAACCGAUUGUUGUUUUCACCAGAGGAAUAUAUUUAUCAUUAAUAUGAAAUUGAUGAUUAAUCCUUAUAUUUUGUAAAAGAAGGAAUUGUUGAUAUUUGUGAAGAACAAAGCCAAUAAGUUAUAUAAUCAGUAACGAAAGGACAGACUUUUGGGGAAUAUUAGUUUUUUACAGGGUUUCCAACAAAAACAUGUGCUUUAAGUAGAACUCAAAGUGAGGUAGUUUAGAUUCAUAGAUCCAACUUUUUGAAAUUGAUAAAGGAUGAAAAAAAGGAUAUGGAAAGAUUCAAUCAUAUCAAAGAUAAAAUUCUUUUGUAUUCAAAUUAUAACUCCAUUUUGCUCAAUUGUAAUCAUUGUAAUAGAAGCUCGCAUCUCAAUAUCAAUUGUCCAUUGCUCACUUAUCAACCUGAUCUAGAAGCACUGAUAAAGAAGGAAAAUAUCAAUAAGAAUCCAUAAAAGAGAACGAGUUAUCGCAGAAAGGGGGAUAAAAUAAACACUAGAAGAAUGCUAGCGACCAUUCAAGAUUCCCUCAAUAAAUUUUAAUCAGAUUUUAAUAACAAUUCAGAUGAUGAAUAAUCAAGAUAUAAGUCUCCUGAUUACAGCAGUCGCAUUAAUUAUCGGAAAAAAUCAAUUAAGAAACCUCAUUAGAUGAUUUCAAUUUAAAAUACUGUUAAUUCAGAUAAGGAAGUGAUUCCUUCGGAUAGGCAUAUUUCAAUUCUUGCAUCCAGAGAAAAUUUUGAAAAAAAAAAAACUACUCCUUCUAAAUUUCUCAUUUAAGUUGAAGAAUCCUUAUACAAAGAGUAAAACAAGGAUAAGCUAUCAGAAUUUGAGACUAAGUUUCAAUUCCAUCAUAUUAGCAUAGAUUAAAUUAAAAUCUUUUAAGAGUACAUGCCGUAUAAUAAUAUUCAUAAUGUAAUUAAAGGCCUUGAAUAGUUAAAUAACACAAUAUAAUAUAACAAAUCUGAAAAAUACACUUUUAAUUAUGUUGCUAAAUAAUAAUCCUAAAGUCUUAGAAAAUGGUAUGAAAAUAAGUUUAAAUGA